AAUCUAGAUUUCCGUUUGGUUGAAGUGAUUCCGAGCUUUCUCCGGCGGAGAAUCGGUUCAGAGGAAGCGCGUCCGGAGGAUGACAGAUCUGUGAGUUUGUUAGAUUGCGUGAUUUGUGCUCGGAAAUGGCUACUACGGAGGCUUCGCUCAAAGGAUACACGGAGCCGAAUGAUGGCGGAGCUCGUGGCGGCCCUUUCGCCGGAAAAGUUGAUGCAGAAACGGCGUUGUACACGGAGCUAUGGAAGGCUUGUGCUGGGCCACUGGUGACCGUGCCGCGGGAGGGGGACUUGGUGUUCUACUUUCCGCAAGGCCAUAUUGAACAGGUUGAGGCUUCAACCAAUCAAGUAGCAGAUCAGCAGAUGCCUAUGUAUAAUCUUCCUUCGAAGAUUCUCUGUCGCGUGUUUAAUGUAAAAUUGAAGGCUGAGCCAGAUACUGAUGAAGUUUAUGCGCAAGUGACUUUGAUGCCAGAAUUGGAUCUCGAUGAGAAUGCGGCUAAGAGGGAAUCUAUGCCUCCUCCUCCACCACGUUUUCAUGUACACUCUUUCUGUAAGACGCUUACUGCGUCAGAUACUAGCACUCAUGGUGGAUUUUCGGUACUAAGACGACAUGCUGAUGAAUGUCUCCCUCCACUGGACAUGUCCCGGCAGCCUCCAACACAGGAGUUGGUGGCCAAGGAUCUGCAUGGAAAUGAGUGGCGCUUUAGACACAUAUUUCGGGGCCAACCACGGAGGCACCUUCUACAAAGCGGCUGGAGUGUAUUUGUUAGUUCAAAAAGGCUUGUCGCUGGGGAUGCGUUUAUAUUUUUGCGAGGUGAGAAUGGGGAACUUCGUGUUGGGGUUAGACGUGCCAUGAGACAUCAAAACAAUGCACCAUCAUCUGUUAUAUCCAGCCAUAGCAUGCAUCUUGGUGUACUUGCAACGGCUUGGCAUGCCAUUCAGACUAAAACCCUCUUCACAGUAUAUUACAAACCAAGGACAAGUCCUGCUGAAUUUAUAAUUCCGUAUGACCAAUUUAUGGAGUCUGUUAAAAACAACUACACCAUAGGGAUGAGGUUCAAAAUGAGGUUUGAAGGAGAAGAAGCUCCCGAGCAGAGGUUUACUGGAACUAUUGUUGGUAUUGAAGAUGGCGAUCCCCAAAGGUGGCUAGAAUCAAAAUGGAGAUGUCUCAAGGUGCGUUGGGAUGAAACUUCUUCUGUUCCUAGGCCAGAUCGAGUUUCACCUUGGAACAUAGAGCCAGCUCUCACUCCUCCUGCACUAAAUCCACUUCCUGUCCCUAGACCAAAAAGGCCUCGAUUAAAUGUUUUGCCUUCUUCUCCUGAUUCGUCUGUUCUAACACGAGAAGGUUCAUCCAGGCUAUGUGCAGCAGACCACUCACAUGCAAGUGGGUUCUCCAGGGUCUUGCAAGGUCAAGAGCUUUCGACCAUGAGAGGCGCAUGUGCGGAGAGUAAUGACUCAAACUGCUUUGAAAAGCCACUGUCAUGGGUGCCACCGUCUCUGGAUGACGAAAAGGGCGACAUUCAUUCCAGAUCAUUUAUGGGGAGAUCUGAACCAUCAUUUACAGAUCUAUUAUCGGGUUUUGGGACACAAAUCAAUUCUUGUAGCUUCUCCUUACACCCCCCUGGAGAGGAUCAAACAUCUGCUGCUAUUAGUUUGGCAAAGAGACGUAAACAAUAUCCCGAAGGAGGAAGUUUACUGGGAAAGCCAUGGUCUUCGGGCCUAUCACUUACUUUGAUGGAUUCCGGCAUUAAACCUCACAGUCAGGGUUCUGAUAGUCCCUACCAAGCAAGGGGGGACUCUAUGUAUGGUGGCCUCACACUUGAGAACCAGCCAGGGAGCUGGAUGGGGAACCAUCACGCUAUUUCUUACCUGAGAAUGCCCCCCACACAAACAAUACACCAGCAACCGGAGGUUUUCAAACCAAAAGAGGUUAACUGCAAACUCUUUGGAAUACCCCUCAUAAGCAACCCUCCUACAACUGAUGAUACAGAAAACUUGCAUAUUGGUAUGCAAUCUCAUCAACCCAAUGCAACAGCUGAGUGUGAUCAGAGGUUUGAGCAAACAAAUGAUGGCUCUAAAUUGGGGGAAGAUGAAACGGCUGUCAAUGAAGAGGAUAAACUUUUCAAAGAUAGGGAGCGGAAAGUUCACAGUAGCUCAACAAGGAGUUGCACCAAGGUUCAUAAACAGGGCACUGCCCUUGGUAGGUCCGUAGAUCUUACCAAGUUCAGGAAUUAUGAUGAAUUGCUUGCUGAGCUUGACCAGCUGUUUGAUUUCAAUGGUGAACUAAAGAUGCUGAACAAAAAUUGGAUGGUUGUAUAUACCGAUGACGAGGGUGAUAUGAUGCUUGUAGGGGAUGAUCCAUGGCAAGAAUUUUGCGGAAUGGUUCACAAAAUCUACAUCUACACAAAAGAAGAGGUACAACGGAUGAACCCAGGGACUCUGAAUUCGAAAGGAGAGGACACAUCAUCAGUUGCAGAAGGAUUGGACAGUAGGGAAGUGAAGAGUUCGCAUAUUCCUUCAGCAUCCAGUGCUGAGGAUUGUUAACUUCUCAGUUCUAAUAUAUUCAUAGGUAUUUAGUGUGGAUUUGGUGUGAAAUGGCCACAGGUCCUUUUGUAGUUGGUGAGAGAAUUGAAGGGAAAAAGACCGGUUUGUCCAAACUAGCUGUCGGUUAUUUUUGGGAAUGUAUCUCAGAUUGCGCACAAUAGGCAUGGAUUGGGUGGGUAUUGCUCGAACUCCAUUUGGAUGGAAGCUCGGGUCUCUCUCAUUCUCUCGGUAUGGUAUGCAUUUUUGGACCGCUUUCUCGGAGCUUGAUAAUGUUUAUGGGUGUGGCCUUAUUUUAUACACACACAGUGUAUGCACAUAUUAUUACUAUUAUUAUUAUUAUUAUAUAAAUCAAAACUUAGGCAUGUAACAACAACCUUUGCUCUGGAAGUUCCUCCACCUGUACAUACCACAAAAUUCACCAUUCCAAAAUUGUCCUCAGCCACCCCCCACACCCAAAAAGGCUGAAGUGAAUGUGUAGGGGAAGUAGAAGCUUUUGUUUAAUGAUUUAACUCUCACAGAGAUUUGUAUUCGAUUUGGUGGAUGACAUGAUGUCUUUUAAGAGUUCAUUUAUAUUACUAAAAACUACAUGUGUAUAGUUUUAUGUGAUGGGAUAACUACUUAACUA